GUGAAUCACAGUGUAAUCAUUUUAGACAUUAAUGAUAAGGAUCAGAUAACUUGCCCCGUGGCUUCAAGUAUUCAGUUGAUGUCUCUGACUUACAGCAAGCCUGAGAGCAAAUCUUUGUCCAAGAAGUCUGAGAAUGUCACAGCAGAGAACGGUAAAGAUAACACAACCCUGCCAGCUACAAGCCUAGAGAACAGAGAAACUAAUGCUACCGCGUCGUCUGGCAAGGCUGAAAAGGAGGUGAAUGAAAUCAUGGAAAAUGGAACAAAUAAACGCCGUGAACCAGUCGCGUUAAUAUGGGUCAUUCUGACAGUGAAAAACUAAGUAAAGAUAAAUCUGAACUUCCAAAAUUUUCUAUAUUGCCCUUUUUUGGUUUCCACCCUGAAAUCCGUUCAUCAAAAAGACAAGAAAAGGAUGACGUCAUGUUUCUCGGCAACACUGACCAAUAUGCUUAUUUCAGUAGACAUUUUGGAUAAAUUUUGGCCUGAUACGCCCCUAGAGUUUGCUGCUAUGGGAUACUAUGGUAUGGCUUUACAUAAAACAGUUCCUGAAAACCGUAAUACCGUUACGAGGCUUGACCGUGAGGAGGAUGAAAUUUCUACUACACUGGGAAGGUUUGCUAAUGAGAAAAAUUAUGCCAAAGAACUGAACAGGCUUUCACUGCAGUAGAAGGACACUGAGAUUGGAACCUUAGCUCUUCUGGAUGAACCUCAAUCUACCUUGAAAAUUGAGACCUUGUCAGAUUUGGUUGACGAAACAAACCAAGCAAACAAUCUCUCAGAGAAGGUAGAUGAACGAAGUGUGAACUUCAAAAUAGUCAUUGGUACACUUACUUCAUCUAAUGAUGCAAAAGGAGAUCUAACGAUCUGUCCAAAUCAACCACAGACUGGUGGGUCCCAGCUGUUAAAAAGGAUCGCAGUGGUGUGUGCAUGAAGGAACGUGAAAAGCUUAGCCUGCGUACAUUAACAAUUUACCUUCCCUAACUUCCUAGCCUCCCGCUCAGGCGAUUUUAGGGGAGCUCGUAUUUCUUCUGGUGAGGGACGAAAUACGAGCUCCCCUAAAUUAUAAAAACGCCUGCGUGGGAGGCUACUGACUUCCCCGCACCAAGACAUUUUAUUCCUACGAGGUUCAAUUGCGAAGAAAUCCUGGAGUAGGUGGAUGACCAAACAAUUCUUAGAUGAGUCUGCUAUAUGCCUCAUUGGUUUGAAUAAAAGCGGCCCGCUGAGCAACAAAGUAUAAUCUUUGAUAUAUUCAGGGUCAGGUCUUUCGUUCAAGCAUUGAUUUGACCUAUCAGCGUACCGAUAGUCUGGACAUGUCUUUGAUUUUUUUAGAGCUAGAAUUAUAAUAGUAAUUAAGUUGAAUACCCACUCCGGCCAGAAGAUGGAGGAAGGAGUUUCAUCUUGAUGGUCCGAAUUUAUCACCACAGUAAUGCAUGUAAUUCACAGGGCUUCAUCCUGCCAGCUGUAAUAAUUAUAUUCCCCAAUCUCCCAAGCGCGUGCACCUCUGGCCCAGGAGCCUGGUUCUCAAUCUCUUUAACGUUUUGGGCCCAAAAUAAAAUAUUUAACUAAAAAUCUAAUGAAUAAAGCUUGGAUCAUGUUCAAAUUCUGGAAAAUUAUAGAAACCUUCAGCAACCUCUGUGUUGUAUGUCCAAGGGUAUUUUGCGGUUCAUCAUUAUGUAUUUUUGGCGCUGAUCAUUAUUUUUCUCUCUACAGUUUUCAUUUUAUAUCAAAUUCUUAGGAAACAGAACAUUGCAUAAGGAAGGCUGUUAGACGCUUAAAUGAAACCUCUUUGCUUCCAACAAGGAUAUGGAACCGGUGCGCUGCUACUAUAGGACGGGACAAAAAAUUCAGCGCUGUAUCUUGUAUCAGGCAACAACAUUGACAAGAAAACAGGAUAAAUGGACGGCACAAGCGUCACCAGUUUAUGUUUCAAGGAUGUGUUUAAAAGCCUCAAAAACAACUGGCCCGGUAAGUGAUAUAUUUUCAUCUGGGGCGGGCUUAUUUGGCCUAAACGGGUAUGUACCGAGGAACAGGGUAUGGUUUUCAGGGUCCUGAGUCUUGAAUUCCCGUAUUUAUAGAGCAAUUUUCUUAUGACCUUGCAAAACAGAAACAAUAAACAAACGGAAAUUGAGCGAUUUGACUGGUUUAUCGAACGGAUACAAACGCGCGUAGCUUUGGUUGGUUAAGCGAACGCUCCGGCGAAAAAACUUCAUGCCCGAGAACAUUCUACAAAUCGCUUUGACGUCGUACUGCAACGCGAUUGGCCAACUGAUCGAACAAUGCCUUCUCCACAUUAGGGUUUUCUUUGGCGUGAAAAGGAAUAGUCCAUGUUUUGAUCUUUUUCAUCCAUUGGCUGAUAAAACAUUAAUAGUUAUAGAAACCAUUUUUUCAUGUUAUACGAAAAUCGCUCCAUAAGUGACUUAAACAGGACAAGUUUCUGCAACGGAAGACUUUAAACUAGUGCAAAGGUUGUAGACGAGCGAUCUACUGACAUUUGUGGCACCAACAGUUUUCCCAAAAAAAUUGAUCCCUUGAACGCACUCUGAAAUUUAGUUAAUUCUUAGCCCUGCAAGACUUAGAGUUAUAUUCUCUGGCAGGAAGAAGCAAAAGAUAUAGAGAGAUAAAGACGUAUUCGCACUCGAGAUGGCUUUGUAUCAAAUCAUCCUUAAAAUUAAGGUGCCUUGAAAAGCUUUCAGGGAUAGUUGUUCCGCUAACCUUAAGAGCCGUUCUCUCUGUGAAAUAAUUCCAGUAAGUUAUGAUUAAAGAGAGAUACGAAAUAGAGACUUCGAUAUGAUUUUCUGUUUUCUUUAUUCAUUGGGCAGGUCUAGCUUUUUAUAUUUGUUGUGUUGUUUUUUUAAAUUUCAUUUCAGUUCAUUGUGCGAAGAAAUCUAGUCCAUCAGUUGACUCAAGCUUGUUCAUUGCCAGGCUGUGGAACAGAGGUUUGGUAUCUGUUGGCUUUUCUAAGCCUAGCAGUGUUCCCCGGCAAACAGCAGUGAAACAGGCAAAACGACAACAGUAUCAGCGAUUUGCAGAUGUACCAAUCAGUGUGUUUGAGAUAUUUGCACAGAUAAACAAAACUGGUCCGGUAAGUAAUUUUUCUUGUCGUUUGUUGCAUUGCAUAGCACUGAGAAUGUGUACGAGAAUUCCUUCAAGCUUUUCCUUUAAUAAAUUGUAGGUUUACAUUUGGGAUGCUGUAAAACAAGCUAACAAACUCAGCCUUAUGUAUGAUUUUCAUAUAUUCAUAACUUCAUCAUUAAACUGAACCUUUGUAAUGUGAUCUUUUAAUGGACGAAAAAAAUACCACCUACCUGUUGUUGCUUGAUCUGAAGGCAGCUUUUUACCGCCAUUUCGAGGUUUGCAACGGUAGAAAUAACCCCUAUUAAAUUACGCAUUCGGGGCGAGACAAUUUAUGUAAUAGUUAGAAUUACAACUUCGCCCUUUUCCCUGUUUUCGAGUUAACCCAGGAUGAGGACGAACCAGUAUUUGGACCGCGGGGACUGGGCCAAGAUUGUUCUACAUGCAUGUAUGUUACAUGUACAGUAUGCAUUUAACUAAAAGUAAUUUACACUCAAGGAAUAAAGUAAAAUUCCGAAAAUAAGCCCCUCCAAAUAUAAGCCCUCCAAACCGGUGACGCAAAACACCCUCCGUUAAAUCGCCCCUCAAAUAUAAGCCAGCCGGGGGCUUGUACUUGGAAAAUUUCCCUCAAAUACAAAGUAAAACAAAGCAAAAACGAUGAGUUUUCUUCCAACUAUAAGGCUAGCCCUAUCGAUUUCGACACGCAAAUUUCCCUCCGUAGAUAAGCCCCUCCAAAAAUAAGCUCCUCAAAAAGGGCCUUUGAAAAAUAUAAGCCCCGGGGCUUAUUUUCGGAAUUUUACGGUAAUCUAUUUAAGGUUAUAUCUUAUACUUAUGUUAAUCAAAUCUAUCUAACUUCCCUUUUUGCUUAGGAAACAUUAUUUUGCACAAAGAAAGCUGCCAGACGCGAAGCUGAAUCACAGUGGAUUACUACAAAGCCGUGGAACAAGGGCGUGGCAACCAUGCGCUUGAUCAGAUCAAAUGAAACUCAGAAAAAGGCUCGCAAUCUCACAAAUUGUAAGCACUUUGAUGCACACUCUCUUCAUAGAUGACGACCACUUUUCAACUCCUAAUUUUAAAAGAAAAGAAUCAAUCAAUCCCAGCAUAUUUCGUCUUGGCAAAUAUGCAUCAAUCGAUCAUUUUGUGACGGACGAAACUGAUUUGAAAGUGACUGGUCAAUCUUUGUUUUGUUUGUUUGUUGCUUAAUUACGAAGCUAUUUUCGUUCAUAGUUUAAAAUAAGAUACUUCCGAAAGGUGUUAUAUAUCAGUGGAAACAUUUCUGAGAUAACGAUGCUUCUACGAAAAUACGCGCAUUAGAUAAACCGGUCCGUGAUUCUCGCAAUCUGUUUCUUGACUUUUCCCGGUCAAGUUAACUUUUGCAAGUCACGGAGUUAUUGUAAGAAUAAAAGGAAGUUAGUAGACCGCACAGUUUGUGUUUGUAAUUUUUUAAACCUGUUGUUCAUUUGUACUGUGUCUGUGUUUUAUUGGUUGCUCAUGUUUAUUAAAAAUUUCUUACUAUCGCUCAAUUUUUUCUAGUCUAUUUGACAAGAAUUAUAACCAGAAUGAUUAACUGGACCUGGCAGGACACGUUUGAUGUGAUGACCACUAUCUUGGUGACUGAUUAUUGCUGCACGGCUUUGUACCUCGCCAUUCCUCAGGCUCACGCUAUAAAUAUAAUCACCUGGUUAAUUCCAAUGUUAAUUCGAAAAUGAAGGUAAGAGAACACGUGAUGAGUUUUUAAUGUUUGCCGCAAAGUUGCCAAAUUUCUAUGUUCCCUUUUAGUAAAGGUCGCACUACACUUUAGCCAAUUACCUGGAGACUUUAUAAAGCUAAAGGAUACGAGCCAUGGUUGUUUGAGAGUUUUGUAUAUAAAUUUGUUUGUAAAUGUGAAGCUUUUGUUCUAAAAUGCCAGUGCCAAAUAGCAAAUGAGGUAGAUUUCUUGCAUAAGUCCAUGUAGACUGUGACAAUGGUCCAACACUGCCUGUUUAUGGCCGAUAGAAGGCUAGGUUCUUGUGCAAGAAGAGGUUGUUAGGACAGUGAGUGAAGACUGCCGUUGUUUCCGGCGGCGGUUAAAGCACGACAUUCAUGUGGCCACUGGUCUGUCAGUUGGGUUUCUUAAACAUUUAUGUCUGCACUCUCUUUAUCCAGUGCAUAUGUGAUACGCAAUCUCCGAAUUAAAAACUAAACAAGGGGUUGAAUACAAUCAACAAUAUCCACAAUUCAUGACACACACCAUACUAAGAGAGUAGAAAGGGAUUGUAUUCUCUCUUGCUAGACCAAAAAGUUAUACUCUCAUGAAAGUAGUUUGUUUUUAUAUUUUACAGUAUCGUGAACAUCAGCGCCAGUUAGAGGAAGAGCUCCUUGAACGAUUACGUCAAGAAGAACAGUUUGCUCGCGAAAGAGCAGCUCAACCGAAACCAUGGCGACCAAAACAAGCUAGAAAGAGGAAGGCUAAUUUCUGA